AUGAAGAACGGCGAGGGCGCAGUAUGCAUUGCGAAAUAAGUAUCGUAAACUAGUUGUACCAAUCUACUUUGCAGGACAGGUUUAUAUUCGAGAAAGAAAGUAGACGAUGAAACUUCAACUUGUCAUGCAGGUUCGGGUAGAUAAGAUCUGUCAUGCCCCCAGACUGUAAAAAUCUGUACGAGAGUAGCGAUAUUACUUUUGCAGUGGAUGCGGCAUUCUCGCAGACGACAUGGGGUUGGGAAAAACGGUGAUGAUACUCGCGUACUUGAACAUCCUGAUCUCCUCGGACAAGUUUCUCUACCGGCAGCGAAGCCAGAACGGCGCCCUCAGCGGUUUGCGGACGAAAAAGCUGGAAAGGGUGCUGAUCGCCGCGCCCCUGUCCCUGGUGUCCUCCUGGAAGAGGUCGGCGAAGGAGUGGCUAAAAGAUUCGUCCUUCCCGGUGGUGGUGGUGAAUGAGAUUCCGGGUGGCGGCGUGAAGAAACUUAUCACAUGAGAAAAGUCCUCAGCUGUAUUUUUCCUCAUAGGGCAAAAAAAAAAAAAAUUCAAGCAUAUUUGUAGAUCAGAACUCAAGGCGUGCAGCAUCGCCCAAGCGGAAAGCAAUUCGCGGCAAAUUCGGAAAAUAUGCACCCGCUGUUUAUUUGUGAGUGAUGGGAUUGCUUUGAAAAAGAGGACUCAUCGCGACGGUAUGGCGCUGAAAAGCAUGGCCAAGAAGUGCCUCAGUUGGCCAAAAUUGUGAUUGGUACCGUCGAGGCUGUAAGGCGGAGAAGGCAAAAAAGAUGCUUUUUUUGCAAAAAAAAGCUGCUUUUUUGAUCAAAAUCCUUGGGAUUUUGACGUCCGAAACCUUGCUAUGAGUACUCAUUUUUUUUUGCUAUGAGUACAAAUAACUUCCACGACGGAGUUCUGGAUCAGAACCCUCUCAAAAAGCAGCUCAUUUGGAUGCUAUAAGUCAUAGCUUUUCCUAGGGUCAGGAAGGAGAGUGAGUACAAAUACGGUAGCAGUGGGAGAAGCUUUUUUUGCAUUCAAUUCCCGAUGCUACGGUGGCCACACGGGGUCACUUUUUUGCUCAAGCGCGACGGUGUGCUGUUUUUAUUUUUGCACUGCCGCCGUGAUUGGCUUCAAUUGGUCUGCUUUUCGUAUCUCAAACACCAUCGCAAUGCAGCUUGAUAGACGGAGGCUGCACUCUAUCCCGGAGAACCUCCUGAAGGGUGGGCCUGGUUCUGAUACAUAGAAACCUGCGCAAUUUUUUUUUUUUUUUGGCCCCAUGAGGAAAAAUACAGCUGAGGACUUUUCUAAUUUGAUAAAACUCGAGCAGUACUUGCAAACCUUCUCCAACGGGAUUCUCAUUUGCCACUACGAGAUUCUCGCCCGGGAAUCGCCGCAGCGGAUUCUGAAGAAGUGGCAGCGAGAAAGCAAGUGCUGCUUCGACGUGUGCAUCUUUGACGAGGGACACAAGCUGAAGUCCCACAGCACCUUAUCCAAGAAAAGCACGUUGUUAGAGUAAAUUUGUGAUGCGCAGCAUGCAACAUGAUUGCGUCUGUCAUGCUUGGCAUGCAUCGUAGGGUCCAUUAAAGGGCGUUUUUACGUGCUAUCUGCGCAUGACAGGUUUUUGCUGUCAUGCCAGGCAAAUUUGUAAUGCUGUUCCUCCACAAAAGUUACACCUAGACCUACAGCGUUUUUUUCUUGGAUACACCUCGGUGCGCGUGUUCGCGGGCCAGGAGCUGAAAACGCUGCAGAAGGUGGUAAUGACGGGCACGCCGAUACAGAACCGCCCGGAGGACCUCCACUCGCUACUUACGCUGGUGUCCGCGACGCUGACUGCGAAAUUUGAGACUUUGAAGAAUUUCAAAGAACAGUAUACGGCCGUGUUGCGCUCCGGGAAUUUCAUCGACGCCGAUGUGGACCAGGUGCAGGAGAAGAACAAAAGGGCACGGGAGUUGCGGGAAGUGAUGCGCCCGUAUCUUCUCCGGCGGACGAAGGAGCAAGUUUUGGGGAAGGACGGGGUGGUGCAGUUGCCCAAGAAGAAGGAGGUCGCCGUGUUUUUACCGUUCCAGAGCGAGUCGGGGCAGGAGAAGGCCUACACGAAGGUCACGGAGCUCGAGCACGUGAAACAGGGCACAAAGAAGAACGCCGGGCGACAGGAGGUCAUCAGCUACGUUUUUGCGCACAUGAGCCAGCUGCGGAAAAUCUGCCAGCACCCCAUCCUGGACCUGGAAGACCACGAAAGGCACUGGACCGACAGAAGUGAGGACUGCGAAGGCGGCGAUGAUGAAGUAACAGUAAGUUCAAGUUGUACAACUGCAAAAAUUAUCAAGAUGAUGAUCGUGUUCACCGGUCUUGGCUAGCUAGUUCCACAUCUCCGUACUGAUGGAAAUGUGUAUACGAGAAACAGUAACAGUAACAGAGAGGUGGACCAGCACCAGGAAGUAAGUACUAGUACGAUGGUCGUUCUUUCUUUGCGACGUCGCCCUAUUUUCCUGAAAGCAAAGAAGUAUGCACUUCUUCUCAAAACUUUCAGGUCUACGCCUCGGAGAAAGUUCCGAACCAGUCCCCCGAGGGGCUAAUCAACAGCGGCGUCAAACUCCAGGCCUUGUUGAAGCUGCUUACCCGGUGGCGGAACCAGCGGCGCAAGUUCAUCGUGUUUUCCUCCUCGAAAGCCUUUCUGGAUCUCGUCGAGCGGGCGAUCAUCACGCCGAAUCACUUCAAAUGCCUCCGCGUCGACGGCGACGUGAAGGGCAAGGACCGGGAGGUCGCGCUGGAUACCUUUCAGGACCCCAGCGACCGCAGCGACGGGUUGCUGAUGACGGUGCAGGUGGGAGGCGUGGGGUUGACCUUGACGCAAGCCACAAGGAUGGUGCUGUGUGACCCGUGGUGGAACCCCGCGGUAUUUUUCGUAUGGGAGUUUGACUAAUUUGAUAUGAUGAGGUGUGCAUGUGUAAUAUGAGCUCGAGGGUUUUUCACGCCAACGCCUGAUGAAAAGAAAGUAGUCGCUGCUUGCAUUUUAUUCCCCGUAUGUGACGUAAUAUACCAGCACUUAGUGCUGCAAGUGGAAUUUUUAAAAUUGACAACCGUGUUCAUCUAGUACUUCUACACACAGGUCGACGAACAGGCGGUCGACCGCAUGCACCGCAUCGGGCAGCGACACCAGGUGAUCUGCUACCGCCUGAUCACUCGUGGCACGAUUGAGGAGCACAUUUUCAAACUGCAAACGCUGAAGCGCGGGAUCGCGAAAACUACCAUUGACGCGCCGAAGCAGAAGCGGUAUGUCAGCAACGACGACCUGCGGCGGCUGCUGCAGUACACGGACCCCUGGGGUGUGCAGUACAAAGCGUUCGGGUUUGGGCAGUGUCUCAAGAAAAACAUGAAUCCGGAAAGGAUUGCGUGGGGCGAGGGUGUGUAUUCCCGCGACUACACCGAACUGUUUUCGUCCAGCGACACGACUGCGGAGGCGGGUAGAGGACAGAAUCAGGAUGACGUCGGGGAAGGUGGGGCGGCUGCAGGUAAUGACAAUAAACUAAAUCAAGAUCGACUACAUGAAGAUGUGACAGCAGAUGCAGACGCUUCAACUACACUUGAGGUUCUUGUCGAGGACGUUGUGCAAAAGGACCAUCAGAUGAAGAUCUUCAUCACAACCCGAGAAUUGCUGCUUCUUUGUGGCCGGAGGUGCUGUUUGCUCGUCCUCCUGGUAUCUGCUUUGAUUUCGUUCUGUACUGCAUGAAAACUUCUACCAACUUCCACUUCAUCACUUCAUCAGGUGAGACUGAGAACGACAGCAAAGACUUUUUCGGCGGCGGAGCAACAGCAACAGCAAGUGGCGCUGCAUCCUCCGCAUCCUCUUCUUCCACCACAGCUGGAAAGAACGCCAAUUUUGCGGCCGGCUCUGGUACUACACCAGCGGCCCCUCCGCAAGGAGCCGGAGCUUCUGGCUCUGCCGGCGCUCCGGCGCCGGAAUCCUCUGCAGGCUGUGGCGCGGGACAAGAUGACAGAGAUGGGUUUGCUGGAAACAAAAGCGCGUCCUGUACAGGGCGGGAGGAACAAGAUAGUACUGGCCGCGGAACAAGCUUUCACCAUAGUAGAUACGAAACUCCCCAGCAAGAUGAACCGGAGGCCGAGCAGAGCAACGAUGCAGAUGCCGAUGACGCUGGAGAAGGCUCUUCCGAGGAGCGAACGGACCGCGAAAGCGAGACUGUCACCUUCACCGCAUGGGCCGAUCUUGGGUAUGCGGUGCACCAGGAGACGAAGGACCUGGCGGAACAGUUCACCACCAUCUUUCAGCCGGUAUGCAAUGUGAAUUUUCCGUACAGCGACCGUUACACCUACUUACUACAAAAUGCAUGUUUCAAAUUUCGCCAACUUACACUUACAACAUGCCACCUGUCAUGCUGAAUAGGAAUGAAGGAACAUUUUUUCAUACGGAAACCGCGUUUGUACAACAUGUAGAUGUACGGAAAAUUUCCUAUGGAUAAGCGGCAGAGUCGGACAACGAGGAAGAGUCGGAGUACAAAUACAAGGAGGACCGGGACAAAUUUGUGAAGAACCUGAUUCGCAAAUACCACCCGGAUAAGAACCCGAACCGCGACGAAUGGGCGAAGUCGGUAACUCAGUGGCUCAACGAGAACCGGGAGAAGUUUCUGAGCAACGCCCCACCAAGGCCGGUCGGUGAGUAAAAGGAAACGCAGUAGUAGAGCUCCUGCUAACUACUUGUUUGUAGCCGGCAAAGACAACAGCGACACGGUGAGAAUUAAAUCAUUUCAAGAACAACAAGUAGACUCACACUCACUGUGGUUGUAUCAUUGUGCGGUCCCGAAUCCAUAUUUCGUCGAUUUGUGUUAGAGUUUGUCUCGUUGCAAGAAGAACCAUCAUCAUAUGCAAAGUGUAGUACAUUGCGGGUAUUAUCGCGCCAGGUUGGUCGUUCUUCGGAUGAUUCCAGAUGCAUUUUUUUCACUAUGAGAAUCAUGCAGUGAGACGCUCGCUCUCUCAUAGUUUGCUGCAAAGAAAG